GUGUUCCGAAAUCAGCUGGUUGGCUACGUUGCGUUUCACAUUUCACGUAGUAGUGACUGACAGCUUUCCCCACACACUAAGAUUUUUUGUCGUAAAUAUUGAACAAGUUCAACAUUUACGAUCGUCGGCCGCAACCCGUUUCCAAACAAAUUAUCAGGACAAAUUGACUCUUAACACCACAGACCACAGGAUGAUCGUAUUGGAUAAUCUUAUAACACAGAAGAUAAUCAUCCAUCGUCAGGAAGGAGUCAAAUCGGAGCAAAAUCAGACUCGAUUAUUGAUCGAUUAUCAGCUAGACAAACAGCGCUUCUCAUACUUCCCUGAAGAACACUGGUUCCCUGACAAGGUGGAGAUAAAACCCCCUGUAGCGGUCACGUCUACCGGUAGAUCAUCGACAGCGAGGAUUCUUCUGCUAUCCAGAGUGAAAAUGGUGGAUUAUGAAGUGACCGUAUUCACAGGCAGUCUCGACCAAGCCGCUACUUACAGCGAUGUCUACAUUAAGCUGGUGGGCACAGAUGGAGAGAGCCACCGUACCCAGCUCAUAGACCACAAAGGAUCUUUAGCCUUCAUCAAAGGAGCAGUGUCCAGUUUUACUGUGCCCUGCUCUGUUUCCAUUGGAAAGCUGCUGCUAAUAGAGCUAGACAAACAGCGCUUCUCAUUCUUCCCUAACGAAGACUGGUUCCCUGCCAAGGUGGAGAUAAAAUCCCCUGAAGAAGUCACGUACACAGUCCCUAUCUACCGCUGGAUCACUGACAGUAAGGUGCAUCACUUCAGAGAGGGAACAGCACUGAGAGUCUUUGAAGACAACCGUCGUCUUGGCAAGUAUAGGGAUAAAGAGCUGAAGCGGAGAAAGGAAGAGUAUUGCUGGGAAGUGUAUAAAGAGGGAAUACCACACUGCAUAAAGGCAAAAAACCCUUGUUCUCUGCCUCCUGAGGUCCGCUUCUCCUUCACCAAGACUAUGCAGUUUGCCUUCACUGCAGUCACAGGGAUGAUUGAGCUGAGACUGGAAGAGUUGGUUAAUUGCAAGAAGAAGUGGAAGGAUAUGCAUCAUCUUAAUCGGGCACUCUGGCAUAAAACUCACAUGGCAGACUAUGUUCAGAAACACUGGAAGGAAGAUGUGUUUUUUGGCUACCAGUAUCUAAAUGGCAUCAACCCCAUGUUGAUCAGAUGCUGUACGGCCCUGCCCAGUAACUUUCCUGUUACUGAUGACAUGGUCUUUCCUCAUGGUCAGUCUAGUUUGGAAGAAGAAAUGAAGAAUGGCAACAUAUUCCUGGUUGACUACAAACUUUUGGACGGAGUGAAACCAAAUGUCAUCAAUAAGAAGAAGCAGUACUUGAUGGCUCCCCUGGUCCUCUUGCACAAAACACCUCAAGAUCAGCUGAUGCCACUUGCUAUUCAGCUGAAGCAGACUCCAGCAGACGACAACCCCAUCUUCUUUCCUACUGAUUCUGAGUACGACUGGUUGAUGGCCAAGAUCUUUGUGAGAAGCGCAGAUUUUAACAUACAUGAACUCAACGUUCACCUGCUGCGCACUCACCUGCUGGCUGAAGUGUUCACAGUGUCACUGCUGCGCAACUUACCCAUGGUGCAUCCUCUGUACAAGCUCCUCAUAUCUCACACUCGCUACACUCUGCAGAUCAACAUCCUGGCUCGACUGCUUCUGAUAUCUGAGACUGGAGUUUUCACAAAGUAUGCAGCAUCUGGUGGAGAGGGUAUGAUCACAAUCCUGAGGAGAUCCAUGUCCUCCAUGACCUACAGCUCCCUCUGUAUACCAGAUGACAUUGCUGAGCGUGGACUGGAGGAUGUGCCAAACUUCCACUACAGGGAUGAUGGACUCAGGCUUUGGGAUAUCAUCAACAGGUUUGUGCAGGGAGUGCUCGGCUACUACUACAAGAAUGAUGCUGAGGUCAAGCAAGACUCUGAAUUGCAGAAGUGGAUUUCAGACAUUUUUGUUCAUGGAUUCCUCUCCAAGGAAAGCACAGGAAUUCCUCAGAGCUUCACCUCUGUGGCUGAGUUGGUCAAGUUUGUCACCAUGGUGAUCUUCACCUGCUCAGCACAGCAUGCAGCUGUCAACUCUGGACAGUAUGACUUUGAUGGCUGGAUGCCCAACGCCCCCACCUCUCUGCAGUGUCCUCCACCAACUAAAAAGGGGACAACAAACGAGGCCACGAUGCUGGACACAUUCCCUGACGUCAGCACAACAGUUCAUGGAAUGGCCGUCGUGUGGCUCCUCAGCAAGCAGUCCACUGACUUUGUGCCUCUCGGCCAUUACCCGAAGAAUCAUUUCACUGAGGAGACUCCCUGCAAGCUGAUAAAGGAAUUUCAAGAAAGGCUUGAAGAGUUUGAAGCCAAUGUCAAAGCCAGAAAUGGAAGUCUGGGAGUCCCAUACACAUACUUGAUUCCAGCAGAGGUAGAAAAUAGUGUGACCCUUUGAGUAUCAGAUGGUGUGAGAUCCUCAGUGGUGGGCAAAAGUCAGGUUUUAACUGAUAACCAUACAUCUGCAUGUGAUGCAUUUUAUACAGCCAACUUGAUUCAUCUGUGGUCAGCAUGUGCAAAUCCACAGUAUAAAACAUAUGUUGUUAAUGAAUAUACAGGACAUCUAAUCAAACUAAAUUACUGGGGGUAAGAUACUAUUUUGCAUUAUAUAUGUAACUGACUAUAUAACUGUUGUGAGAGAUAUGAUCUUGAAGUAAACUGUAAUGACUUACUGUCUCAACGAUGUUAAAAAAAUUGUCCUUUGCUAAAUUUAUUAUAUGUUGUUUUAUGUAUCUAUACAAUAUGUAUGAAGUGUGAUCGGGAUCCAGAUCAUAUAGACACACACAUACACACACAGCGUACAUUGAAGAGUUUGAUUUCUGAAUGAAAAAUGUAAUUCAACUCUGGUCAUUUUACACUGUGUCAGUGUGUGUAUUUAGAGACCUGACAAUCAAUCUGACUGCAAACAAGUUCCUGCUCUGUGUUAUGACUUGUGGUGGCAUUUGCUUUAAUAAAACCAUAUAUAUAUA